AUGCCCUCUGAUAAGCCCAUAACAAUAGCAUGUGAUGCCUGUCGACGGCGCAAAGUCAAAUGCGAUGCCCUGCAACCCUGCAACCGCUGUGAGAGUGCUGGGAUCGCUUGCCGCACCACCAGCGUGCGCCGCAAGAAGGGCCGCCAAGGGGCCACCGCGACCGUUCUGCACGAAUUGCGCAAAGCCCCAGAACGCCCUGAGGCGCCAUCUUUUCCACUGACGGGGCCAUCCGAUCAAUUUAUCCGACAACCUCGACUGCUACGUGCAACGGUAGUACAGAGCUGUGCAGAGUAUUUCUUCGCGCGUAUGCUGGGAACAGUCCCGAUUCUCCUGCCGGUAACAUAUCAAAGCCAUGUCGAUCGCAUGGCUGAAAGUCUACCCUCGUACUGUCUCGUCUCUGCAUUUUGUGCCUUUGUCUUUACACAGACGGGGUAUGCCUCGUCGCUUAGUCCAGGAGAUUCCGCGGGUACCGGGACGCUCGGAAGACAAUUGCUGACAGAAGCUAUGGCUGCUCGUCGACACCUUGACCCGUUUGCAGCUCCAACUCGUGUCGGAAUCACAAUUGCCUUUCUACUGUACGGGUGUCAGAUUGGACUAGGGAACCAGCGACAAGCAUAUUACUUUUUGCGGGAAGCCACGACGCUUUACACGGCCGGCAUGCUCGACCAAGCGGACACCGGUAUCGAUGAGGAUGCAGGAAGCCUAUUUUGGCUUCUUUUGAUCUCGGAGAGAGCGCACGCGAUUCGACGGCACCGUCCCAUCACUCUACAGGUGACCCGGGAUAGCCCCGUCCUCCACCAUGCCGAGCCAGAUGCAUUCCGACUUGGCUUCCGCUGCUUAGCAGAGCUCUACCGGCCGUUUGACCAAACAUUUCUGAGCCGUUGGAACGGCACCGAUUCGCCCUCUUCGAGAGAACAGUUGAUCCACUUGGAAGAGCAUCUGCUACAAGCAGUCCCUGCAGAUCUCGAGCUACCCGAUGUGCUGCUAGCGGACCUUCGCGUGUCACAGCAGUGGCUCCGGACCAUGAUCUGGCAGCUUGCUACGUCUUCUGGGUUUCUGUCCAGUACUCCGUCCCAUCCUUGCCUGGGCUUUGCCUACCCGCUUCAAAUUGCGCGGGACCUGUCACUAGCGACAUGGAAGCUCUCCAAGGAAAGCUUGGAAACGCACGGCGUCGGUCUGGUCGAGAAAAUGUUCGAAAUCACAUGUACACUAACCGAUGUAAUGGCCUGCAUGUCACCGACGGGCCUGCGCUCUUCUAGUUUUGACCUUGGUCCCCAGGACUACCUCAAGCAUCUUUGUACCCUGAUCCAGGGCCUACCUGGCGGAGAAACCAAAUUCCUGCCGCUUCUCCUCGCGAAGAUUGGCCAGACCCUGCCUUCAAUGCUAGGCCCAGUGACUCGACACCUCGGCUUGCCGGUCCAAGAUGCGAUCUCGCCAAAGGAGGUGGAUAUUGGAUCACCGAUAGCUUUGGGCAAGGACUGGAACAAGGCCUUUAAUUGGGCUGAGAUGAGCCGUAUUGGUGAUAAGACGCCCGAGAUCGAGGGUGGCCUUGAGCUUGGGCUGGGGUUCUGA